UCACAGGCACCGUCGGUUGCGUCACUUCCGCGACGCUUCUUUCGCGGAGCCUUGUGGGUAGUCGGCCGGGGUCUCCUGGCGACGACGAUGGCGGGGCAUGUGGGCGGUCGCUGCCCGGAUUCGGAGCUGCUGCUGCACCCGGAGCUGCUGUCCCAGGAGUUCCUCCUCCUCACUCUGGAGCAGAAGAACAUAGCUGUUGAAAAUGACAUAAGAAUAAACAAAGACACUCUUACUGAUCUUUAUGUUCAGCAUGCAAUUCCAUUGCCUCAGAGGGAUUUGCCGAAGAACAGAUGGGGCAAAAUGAUGGAAAAGAAAAGAGAGCAACAGGAGAUGAAAAGUGAGACUAAAAGGAGCGGCCCCGCGGACGGGUUAAGGAAAAGACCCCUCAUCGUGUUUGAUGGAAGUUCAACAAGGACAAGCAUCAAAGUGAAAAAGACAGAGAAUGGAGAUCAUGAUCGACUCAAGCCUCCCCCUCAGGCAAGCUUUACCAGUAAUGCCUUUCAAAAAUUAUCAAAUUCGUCUUCACGUGUUUCACCCCUAAUUUUGUCUUCCAAUCUGCCUGUGAACAAUGCAAUGGAACACAAUAAUAAUGACACUAAACAGAACCAUGACUUAACGCAUAGGAAAAGUCCUUUGGGUCCUGCAAAGUCCCCGCCUUUGUCCCCCAUUGGAACUACUCCAGUGAAGUUAAAGCGAGCUGCUCCUAAAGAGGAAGCGGAGGCCACGAAUAACCUGAAGCCUCCAGAAGCAAAGAGGAAGAUACAGCAUGUUACAUGGCCGUGAAGGAAAGUUUCCAAAACUGUAAAUAUAACUGUAACUGUAGUUUUUCCAGCAAGUUCACAUAUAUUGAUAGUAUUUACAGAGAUCUGAUUAUUGUGGAAUUUUCUGAAGAGGUUUCAAAUUAGGUUUGAAAAAAGUCUUUCCUUUUCCCUCACCCCCCCUUUUUCCCCCUAAUUUUUACCUUUUGUUCCCUGAUUUAGAAGGAAUUUCUUUUUAAACAAAUGGCUUAGUGUAAGUCAUUUAUAGUGAUCCUAGUCAGCCAUCAGCUGCAAGUCUGGUAUAAAGCAUCUGAUGAAUUUUGGGAAUUAUUCUUAUUAGCCUGUUUUUUAUUUAGUCUUUGGGGAAAUUUGAGAUUUUGUUUAAACCCAAAUAUUUUAGUAGUUCACAAGUUUUAUUUCUUUUCCCUCGCAAAAGAAUUGAACAGUUUAUCCCAGCAUUUUAGUAACUACUGCCAAAGUCCUCCUCGAGGUUCACCCAGAAAAAGCAUAGUUGUAGUGCUGCCAAUCAACGAUUCCGAACAGAUGAAACUGCUGUUCUUCAAGUGCUCACAUUGCUUUUCCCCAUAAAAAUCAAAAGGUACAUGAGCACUUGCUGUUGCUCCUUCCCUUGCAGUCGUAAUGGAAUUGGUCAGGAGCUGACUGGUCAUUGUCACAGCCGGUCCGCCCUUUAAGAUGUCCUGGCCGUGCAGCAGCCCGUGGUCCCACUCUGAGGCGGGGCUCACUCCUUCCCAGGUGCUGCAGCUUCUCAGAAAGAAGCCGGCCAUCGAACCUCAGGUGUGGCUGUGUUCAGGGCGGCUCCUGUGGUAGACGGUUUAGAGACUAGGAAGACGGGGAUGGAAUUCUAGAACUUCAGAGCCCAGGAAGGAAGGGGCAAGCUUAAUUAUUCUCUGGUAGGCAGGAGAGGAGGAGAUCCUGAAGCCAGAAGUCACCCCGAAGUGGCAGCCUAGGAGCCGAGUCCCAGCUGGACAGGGCUCGCCGCUGGGGUGGCAGGGGCGCUCUGCAGGACUGUCCAUCCACUGAGGUUCUGCGUUCCUGUGGGAGUGGUGUCCCUGUCCCCUCGGGGGAGAGUAGGGCAUACCUGAGAGCCGUGAGUUCUCGUGUCCACAUUUUUGCCUUGUAUUUCUAACCAAGUGUGGAGGAUACUUUAUCCUUUUUUUCCUUAGGUGAUUGAUCUUCAAGUGGGGGUUCGCCUUUUCCUUACUUUUGACAGCAGUCUCGUUCCUCUUUGGAUUUGUUAAAACAAGGACUUUAGUUCAGCUAUUAAAUAGCCUUACAAAAAAGUCAUUCAGCCUUGCAGGUACAUUCAGUACUAAAACUUUAACCCUAGGGUUUUUAGCCAUUCUGCCUUUAUCCAGUCAAUUAAUCUGUACAUACAAGACAGACUUUGUACAUAUGAUGUGUUGCAUACAUAAUUGACAUGACGGUAAAUUAGUAACGACAUAGAUAUCUCCGGGGCUGAUAACGUGUCAUACUGUUGAAGGACGACUGUCACCCUCUACGUAACUGUAAAGGGAGAUUUUAACUGUGCAGAUUUUAGGGUAGAAUGACAAAUUAGGUUUUAUAUUCAGUUGUCCCUUCUGCUUCCAUCUGCAUUUCUCUCUUAGUUAAGAGAGAGUUAGCCAUUUGACAGUUUUUACGUCAAUGGAAACUUAUUUUUAGUUACUCAAAAAAAUUAAUUUUUAAUUUGUAUAUUUAACUUACAGAGUAGGUUGGUAAUAACAGCUGAACUGUGUAACACUGUUGCUUCAAAUUGAAGUUUAUAUUAUGAACACUCAGAAUCAAUGCUCAUAUAGCAGCAUAUGAUUGAGCUAUUUUGAGUUUGAAAUGUGGAGAAGUGCGAAACCACGGACCGUGUAUCCCCUAAUACCGCAUCUCAGAGCGCGGGGCCUUCCCGAGGAGUUUACGUAUGCUGGCCUCCUGGCUCUUCCUCCUCGUCACGACGCUCCUGAAUGAGGGGAACCUGAGGCAGAAGUGCUGGGGUCUUAGGUUUUGAAGGGUUGCUUUGGUGUGCUCAAAGCUUACAAGGACUUGAUCUGAAUGGCAAACAGCGUUGGAUACUCUUGACUAACAAACAUUGUAAUAUUGUUACUAUCGAUUUCCUGUUUCGACAGAGCCAGCUUUUUUAAAUUAUUGGGGUAGGCAGACAAUGGCUUCCGCAUCAGUGAGCGGCUUCCGAGGUGUAGCCAUGGGCACUUUACCACUUCCUGCCACUGGCAGGACAUCUUGCUCUUUUCUUCCCCCACUUCUGUGUUCCCGGAUUCUUUUUUUCUUCCUCUCCUUCCCAUGUUUGAACUUGGUUCGCUUCCAUUCUCCAUCCUCUAUUCUGCAGAGCCUGCUUAGGUUUGCAGGUCACAGGGCUUGGCCCCACGCAUUCGUGGAGGGGUGCGGAGAGGGUGGCCCCCGGUCCUCUCACAUUUGAGGGAACAUAGACCGCUGCAGACCACCGCCUGAACUCUGGAAAUCUCAAGCCCCUGCAGCACCAAAGGCCCUAAAUUACUUCCCAGUGGCUGCAAAGGCAGAACAGUUUACCAGAAUAGCUUUGUGUCUGGACGGUUACCAGGUACUUUGGAAAGUUGGUCCAACUACCACUAUGAGGCCAUAAUAUUUUUGCUAGUAUUAAAAUUCCUCAGAAUUGUAAUUAUUAUUUGAAAUAAUAUUUUGGUUGACUUAGUUUUGAGAGGAUUCUAAAACUGAUCUAGAGACUCAUUCAAUAGCAAUGACCUUUAAAAAACUUACAUUAAGUAAAACUGCCAGUAGAUGAAAUCAUAGGUAUGUAAAGAGCUUCCUCUAUUUACUACUGUGGGACUUCAGUAAUUUUUAGAGGUUACAAAAUGGUCAAAAUGUUUUUAAGCGUGCUCUUUUAUUAAAUGCUUGUGCAGGUUUUGUAAUUCAGUACAGACAGUUUAACCUUGUAAUGUACAUUUUAUAUGUAAAGGUCUUUUAAGUAGCCUUAUCCUUAUUUAAAUAAACUGAAUAAAAUUGAGUAGGUCUGUCGUUCAUAAAAAAAUAAAGUGGAAAAACAUUCUCUAA